ACCAUUUCAGUACAGUAGCCAGCCCCUGAGAAACGAGAAUAAAGCUUUUCACUAGGCUAUAUAACAUCCAUGUCUCUAUUCUAGCUUGUGAAGGACCCUCAGUGGAACUGGGAGAGAUAAAUAUAUUUUAAAUUCUCAUAGAUUUUUCUCAGUGUUAUUUGGAUUAUGCAUAUCUGUGCUUUCCACUUCACUGGACCUGGAUGCAGGAUCCAGCAAGUCAGCUGGUUUACCCCAAAGGGCUUUUUCCUCAAUUUUUCUCUUCUAUUUGUUUGAAAUGCGAGCAAGCAGCUGAAGCAAGAGGCAGUCAAGGCAGUCGGUCAGCUGCACAGUGAGCACAGGGGACCAGGAGGACCUUCAGUACAGUACAGGCAUCUUAAAAUAGAAACAUAGGAGGAGGAGAGUCUGUGUUGUGUGGCAGAGCUGUGGUAUGCCAUGCUCAGCGCCUAGCAGUAACAUGGCUGUGAUACAGGAGAAACAGAGGGAGACCCCCAGCAAGAAGACAGUAUCCCAAGAAGACAGAAAGGGGCUUUCUACCAGAGAUAAUCAAGACAACCAGAAGAAAGAUAGCAGAGCCGGGAGACAGGGAGAAAAAGGCAAUGACGACAUGAAGCCCCAUAAUUCAGAGAAGAGGAGAGCAGUCAUCUGUGUCCCUGCCUCCAUCAAAUCAGCUGUGAUCAGUACCAACACAACCAGCCCUGGAAACCCAGCAGGACCCCAUGCACUGAAGGUUGAUGAGAGACUGAGACUAGCGAAAGAGCGGAGGGAGGAACAUGAGAAACAACUUGUGUCCAGAGAGCUGGGCUGGUUGGCUCGAGAGGAGAGGGCCAGGCGUCUCUAUGAACAACAGCUGGAGGAGAGGAAGAGGAAGCUGCAGGAGCAGAGAGAGAAGGAGGAGAAGAGGAGGACUGCUCUGGAGCGGAGGGAGGAGCAUAAGAAACAGCUUGUUUCCAGAGAGCUGGGCCGGUUGGCUCGAGAGGAGAGGGCCAUGCGUCACUAUGAACAACAGCUGGAGGAGAGGAAGAAGAGGCUUCAGGAGCAGAGAGAGAAGGAGGCGAGGAGGCGCACUGCUGUGGAGGAGAAGAGGAGGCAGAGAAUGAAGGAGGAGUCAGAGCGCUAUGAGUCUGUGGUGAAGAAGACCUUGGAGAAGAGCCAGAGGAUUAAGCAGAGACUCAGCCAGGGCUCUCGAGGAAGGAAGACCGACAACAAGAGCGCUCCUCGCCGCUCCCCCCUGACUGCCUGGGAGAGGGCUCUGGUCAGUCGCCUCCUCACCCCUACCUGCUCCUACCUAGCCAGGAGCAGGAGCAGGAGUCAUAAUUGUCAGUCAAGAGAAGAAGAAGUUUCAUGCCACUCCAUGCCUGCCACUGCCACGAACUCUCACAAAUCACCACACCGCUCUGGCACACCUGACCACCACCUGGCGCAGGCAGACCUCCGGGAAGACUACCGGGCUGACUACCGGUCUAUCAUCCAGGCAAACUACCAGGUAGCCGCCUCCCCGGGUCCCAGCCGUACAAGCCAUAGACCCAUCAAUGCGGCACAGCUAAAAGCAGCGCAGCAGAAGGAAAAUGAGAGGACGGCCAGGAGGAAUACUCAGCAGCCUCACAUUCCCAAUGCUCCCUUGAAAGCAUUACCCACAAACCCACUACCCAACGCUGGCGUGAAAGCGUUACCCACAAACCCACAGUGCAGAGCAGCAGUGCCCUCCCAUGAACGUAAACCUGUGAUCAGACACACAUCUGUGAUCAGACAGCCCCCAUCACAGCAGUUAGAGCUGGAACUGGACCCUGUACCAGAGGAGGACGUUCUUCCAGUCCCCAACCAUACCCUUUCCCCUGGGAACUCACGGCCCAUCAGGACCCCAGCUGCAGCAUGGGACCAGGUCCAACCAUUCCUACACUCCCCAGAACCUCAGACUCAGAGAGAAACCACACUUAGUACUGAAGGCAGUGCAGGUGAGGCCCUCCCUCCUAGAGCCACUCCCAGCCCAAGGCCCUCUGCUGGCACCAUGGACCCAGAGGAGGCCUCACGUCUCCUGGCCGAGAAGAGGAGAGAGGCCCGCCUGAAGAGAGAGAGAGAGGAGGAGGAAAGCCUGUGUAGGGAGGGGUUAGAGAGGUACGGACGGAGGGCCACCUUACAUCUUCGAAUGACCCAACAUUAA